GGAAGGAUGAGAAGCAGACUGGUCAGCAGUAAUUACACAUCGUCUCGCUACAUCUCACCAGGUCCAUGGAAGUAGCCGCAGAUACAGCCUGUUCACUGGGUUCAGCACCUCCCUGUCCUGGUUGUCCCCUCUUCUGUGUUCUCCAAGGGAGGUCGCCGUGCGCCCCGCUACCCAGGCAGCGAGCCUCAGACUCCUUGUCCCCGUUUGUCUCCCGCAGAUGUCAUGGCACCCCCAGUACCGGAGCUCCAAGUUCCGCCACGUCUUUGGCAAACCAGCCAGCAAGGAGAACUGCUACGACUCGGUGCCCAUCACCCACAGCGUCCACGACAAUCACUUCUGCGCCGUGAACCCCCACUUCAUCGCAGUGGUGACCGAGUGUGCUGGAGGGGGGGCCUUCCUCGUCAUCCCCCUACACCAGACAGGGAAGUUGGACCCCCACUACCCAAAGGUCUGCGGGCACAGAGGGAACGUCUUAGACAUCAAGUGGAACCCUUUUGACGACUUUGAAAUCGCCUCUGCUUCUGAAGAUGCCACGAUCAAGAUCUGGGCCAUCCCCAAGCAGCUGCUGUCGAGGAACUUCACAGCCUACAGGAAGGAGCUGGUGGGCCACGCCCGCAGAGUGGGGCUGGUGGAAUGGCACCCCACAGCGGCCAACAUCCUCUUCAGCGCCGGCUAUGACUACAAGGUGAUGGUCUGGAACCUGGAUACAAAGGAGUCUGUAAUCAUGAGCCCCGUGAAGACAAUUGACUGUCACCAAGACGUGAUCCUCUCCAUGUCCUUCAACACCAACGGCAGCCUGCUGGCCACCACCUGUAAAGACCGCAAGAUUCGGGUUCUCGACCCCCGGGCAGGGACCGUCCUCCAGGAAGCCAGCUACAAGGGGCACCGCGCCAACAAAGUGCUGUUUCUGGGGAACCUGAAGAAGCUGCUGUCCACAGGCACCUCGCGGUGGAACAACCGGCAGAUUGCCCUGUGGGACCAGGACGACCUCUCCGUGCCUCUCACAGAGGAGGACCUGGACGGCUCCUCCGGCGUGCUGUUUCCCUUCUAUGACUCCGACACCAACAUGCUCUACGUGGUGGGGAAGGGAGACGGGAACAUCCGUUACUAUGAGGUGAGCGCCGACAAGCCUCACCUGAACUACCUGACGGAGUACCGCUCCUACCAUCCGCAGAAGGGGAUCGGUUUCAUGCCAAAGAGAGGUCUCGACGUGUCCACCUGUGAGAUCUUCCGCUUCUACAAGCUGAUCACAACCAAAAGCCUCAUCGAGCCGAUAUCCAUGAUUGUCCCCCGGCGGUCGGAAUCCUACCAAGAGGACAUCUACCCGCCCACGGCAGGGGCCCAGCCCUCUCUAACGGCCAGGGAGUGGCUCAGUGGGGUAAAUAAAGGGCCUGUCCUGGUGUCCCUGAGGCCCGGCUCCGAGCUGCUGAGCCCUCGGCCUCUGCCCCCGGAAAGACCUCCCUCCAACUCCCUGGCCCCCGCCUCGCCUCACCUCGUGGACCAGACCGAAGCGCUGGUUGCGGACGACGGCCGGAGGCCCUUCUCUCCGCUGGAGAAGGCGCCAAGGUGGACGGCGGAGCACAGGCUGGAGGAGAAGAAAGCCUGGCUCACCAACGGCUUUGACAUCUUUGAAUGCCCCCCACCAAAGACAGAGAACGAGCUGCUGCAGAUGUUCUAUCGGCAACAGGAGGAGAUCCGAAGACUCCGGGAGCUGGUGACCCAGCGCGAGGUCCAGGCCAAGCAGUUGGAACUGGAGAUCAAAAACUUGCGGAUGAGCUCAGAAUGGUCCUGAGCAGAGGUCUCUGCCCUCCUCGCCCUCAGGGACACCACUCGGCUCCAUGGGGAGGUCCAGAGCCAAACCACAAGUCCCCCGAGAACAACCACUAUUUCUAUAUUUUUUACCAGAAAAAGAAACUCAGUCGCCGCAGGUUUCCAGUGGAACAUGGUGCCGCUUUCUAUUUGCCUUCUCGAAACAACGGUGUCUGAACUGACUCUUUUUAGAUGACACCUUGCCUUCUGUUUGAUUCUGUUUGUAAGGGUACGUGAUAAGCUCUCACUUCCCAAGGGAAAGAACACUGUAGACAGUUAGAGCUACAAGGACCUAGGAGGUAAACCUGCCUGUGAUUUUCAAACUGUGGUCUAUAGAAAGGGGCUGGCUAAGCAGGAGGCUGUACCCCCUCACCCCCUUCCGACGGGACAGCUCUCCUUUCUGUUUUAUACAUAUGGACUUUGAUGGAAUACACAAUUCUGCAACUCAAAAAAAAUUAGACGUUUGAAAACCAGUGAUUGGCCCAACUUUCUCAUUUUACAGGUGGGGAAACUAAGGCCCAGAGAGAGGUACACGAUGCAGGUCCCCAGAGAGUUCGUGGCUGGGCUGAGCUUCUGCUCUCCUGGGACUGUCUGUCUGUCUGCUGUUUCUGCUCUGAUACAGAUCUCAGCCCACAGAGCAGGAAUCCGUUGGUUCUGGCCUCAGGGGCAUCCCUGAUUUGAAGUGGCCUCCAGUCAUUCCCUCUCUGGUCUCAAUUUCUCCAUCUGAACAAGGAGGCCCUGGGAUCUACCACUGGAGGCAAGAAAUGUUGGCCUUGGCCUAAGGAAAAUUACCUGUAGGGUGGUGAGCUGGUUUUGCGCUGGGAACUCACAGGACAUUGGCAAAGUGGAAGAGGGAGGUUAACUUCAGGGAAAGAAGUCAAGGUCCAGCCCGAUUCUAGAAUACAGGGAGGAGGACACCACCAUCCUCUCUCCAGCCAGAAUCAGCCCAGGUGGGUAGAUACUCCCUGAUGUGGGACACGGGCCUCAGGGCAUUGCUCAGACCCGACAGCCACCAAAGCCCUCAGGUCACAGAGCCUGCCUCUCCCAGGAUGACGUAGGCAGAUGUCCGUCCAAGGUAACAGAAGAGGCUCCCAGGAUGUAGGGAGCCCAGUGUGGACAGAUUGCCCGCGAACCCCCUGAUGGCCCAGCCGUGAGAGCUUUGGGAGGAGGUGCCUUGUACUAGGCAAGGAAGCGAGACCACAUGGCCCUAAAGUUCCCUUCCAACCUGAGCGUUUUCUGCAUCCCUCCUUUGUGAAUCUGUGUUCUGAGCCCUUCUCUGAGGUUCUCUCUUGGUGGUCAAUACAAUGGCUCAGCUAGAGGCAAAUGUGCCUCCUGACCAAGGAUGUUUGCUCCUUGCAGAGGGUAAUGCUGGAGCUAGGAUGGGGACUGCAGGAGGCCACCUGGCCUGGUAGGCUUCAGCCCAGGCUGUCCAUUCGAAUCCCUUCGGGAGCAUUCAGGAAACACAGAAGGCCAGCCCCAACCCCGACCAAUCGAAGCUGAAUCAGCAGAGUAGGGCCUGGCCUUGUGUAGGGUUUUGUAAGUUCCCAUGUGCUUCUGCAAUACAUGGGGUGGAGAGCCCUCGGGCUAGUCCAUCUGUGCCCAUCUACACUAAAGAUGAGGACAAGGAGCACCAGGCAGGUGCUGGGACUCCAGCUCUGUCUGCUACGUCCUCUAAGGCUAAAAUCAGGAAGCUUUGCUCUGAGCCCUCCACCAGGUCUCUGCCCCUGGCCCUGUUCCCACAGGAUGGGGGCUCUGAUGGCGCCCUCUCUUAGCCAUGGCUGAGUUCCCCUGUCUGCUGCACAUACCAGACACCCCAGUUGCUUGUCUUAGCCACCAUUUACUCAGUUGCUGGGGCCCGCCACGCUUGCCAAAGACCAAAUCCUAGGUGUUGUCAGGAAAGCAGAAUUCUGGACGGGGGUCAUCUCUCCUGCCUCAUUUGGGGCCAGCACUUCACAGUUUACAAAGCCCUCCAACCUCUACUCGCUGGCACAUCUUACUCUCACUCGGGUCAGGCAGGCAUGAUUCCCCCAUGUUCAGGAGGGAAGGUGAGCCUUAGAGAAUAAGGAAAUGGUCAUGCCCGUAGGCACUGGCUACAAAGUGGUGGAGGUGGGGCUGAGUCUGGGUAGCUUCCUGGAUGUCGCAAACUCUCUCUACCCCAAAGGGGCCCAGACCUCAUACUUCGAAACAAUGCGAAGGCAUCAUGAACAAACGGUUUCUCUUCUUUUCUUUUCUUUUUUUUUACAUCUAGAAUAAAUUAUUUAAAUUAUUUCACAGCAAGGGAGCGGGAUAGGUAAUUUUUAUCAGAUAUUUUUUUAAGCCAUUUUUUAAAAAUUACUUUUUUGUUUAUGUUCUUGAUUGAUGAAGUGGGACUUGCCCGGAACUUGCAGGGCCAGACCCUUGCGCUCAGGGCGACGGAAUGUGCACUGGUCUUUCUACUCCAGGCCCUGGGAAACCCCAGCUGCUGACUCAGGAACUUUCCGAGAAUGAAGACAGCACUGGGAGAUGAGCUUUAGGGCAUCUUCACCUUAGCGCUACAGGAAUCGUUCUUCCUGGAACAAAGCUUGAGUAUCAUAGAGGGACGCAGGAAGUCAGACAUUGAGCUAUGCUUUUCCUACGAAACCGUGCCUGAACAGUUUGAUUGUUUUAAUGUUGUUUCUGAAAUUCCUUGUACCUUUGUAAAAAAAAAAAAUUAUAAUUAUAAUAAUAAUAAAAGUGAAAAUAAAUAGAUGUGGAAUCGUGCUAUGGAAAGAAUAUAACAAAAUAAACAGUAUCUGCCUACACAUUUUAAUA